CCAGAUGGAGUACUGGCGGCUGGGCUGGGCUGAGACUCUGCUGCCCGGCUGCCUGGGCGGCGGCUGGCAGCUGGCACUGCACUACCUGGCCUUCUGCCCGCAGCACGGGGCGGCGGCGGCGGAGGCGCUGCUGGAGGCCAUGCCGGUUGACAGUCGUGAUGUCCGAACGCUGGAGAAGGCCCUCACGGCAUGCAGGCGGCUGGGGCUGGGAGCCACAGCAGCCGUGAUGUGCCGGGUGGCAGGUGUGGACGCGCUGUCCCGGGGCCACCUGGGAGCCGGGGUGCAGUGGAUGGCGCGUGCUGCGGACCCCCGCCGCUCCGCCGCUGCCGUACAGUUGGUUGGGGAGGCGGUUGAGGAGGCGUUGUUGGGACGGUUGGGCAACUACCGGGCCGGGUCGUUGGCGCUCCCGGGCG